AUGAAACAUUAUUCCUGUGUGGCGUGGAUAACAUUUUCUCUUAACUCGUGGCCCAAGCCAAUUGGCCCAAUAUAUAAGGCCUACAUCGUUUGGUGGCCCAAGCAACCCACCUCUGCUUCUUCCAAACCAAAUCCCCCCUUUCUCCUUCCGCUUCGAGAAGCAGAGGAGGAAUCAAUCAAUCCCCAACACACAGCAGCGCGCCUCCGCCUCGCCUCCUCGCCACCGGCAAGCCGCGCCUCCGCCUCUCCAAUGGACGACGCUUCAUGGUGCGGUCUCACCGCCGACGUCCUCCGCCUCGUCCACAAGCGCCUCCCGUGCCUCGUCGACCGGCGCCGCAUGGCCCGCGUAUGCCGCACCUGGCGCGCCGCCGUCAAGGGGGAGCAGCACCCGCCGGAGAGCCCGCUCCCGUGGAUCCUCGUCCCGCGCGACGCAGACGGGCCUUCCUUCUCGUGCCCCAUUGCCGGCUGCCGCGGGCACGGCUUCGGCAUCCCGGACGACGCGCGCGCCGCGCGCUACUUCGGCACGUACGGCGGCGGCUGGCUCUUCCUCGCCUUCGGCCAGAUCAAGCGCCACGCGCUCCUCAGCCUCCGCACCGAGCAGCGGUUCUACCUACCCGACAUCGCCCGCUGGGACUUCGCGGGGAGACCAGCCUUCGACACGGACAUCGUCAUGGUCGCCGCGACCCUCUCUUCGCCACCGGAGGACAAGGGCUGCGUCGGCGCCGCCAUCGUCUUUCACCGGGCCAGCUUGUAUAGUCCACGCGUUCAUGCAUUCUGGCGCAUGGGGAAGCAGAUUGCAGUGGCGACGACCUGUACUAACACCAUUGCUGGGCGACUUCUGGAGGAUGUCAUACACCACAAGGGAGCCUUCUAUUUCCUCACCGCGCAAGAGCACCUCCAUGUUUUUGAAGUAGAAGAGUUCUACGAAGACGGCGAUGGCAAUCUGAAGAUAGCACCCAUGGUGUUUCGUCGCUUCUCGCGCGGUGGGCGAGAUUACGGCGGAGCCAUCGCUGUUCGCUACCUGGUGGAGUCCGGCGAGAAUCUCCUCAUGGUCGUCAGGCUCGUUCCUCAUCCUCCCCGACUGCCGCCAAGGACGUCGGCGUUCAAGGUGUUCGAGAUGGUGGAGCCGCCGCUGGAAACUCCCAUCAACAACGACGAGGCACCAUACGGUUGGAACGAGCUGGAGUCGCUGGGUGGGCGGAUGCUGUUCGUCGCGCGAGGCUGCUCCAGAUCGUACGACGCGAACAAGUAUCCGGGCGCCGAGUUCAACGAGGGAGUCUACUUCCUGGACGACGGGAGGCUGUACUGCGAGGCGGCGGUGUUCGUGGAUCAGGCUGCCGCCGCCGCCGCCGAUGAGCCGCGAUGCCCCUGCUGGCCCUGCACAGACAGCGGAAAGUGGCUGGCGGCCGCCGGGGAGGUUCCCCGCGUGGACAAGUUCUUGCCGGAGCAAGGCCCGUCGAACCACUACUCACCGCCGGCUUGGUUUCUCCAGUAAGAUCGAGCUUUCUGCCGAUCGAUCUGGAUGAGAUGUGCUUGCCUCACAUCGACGUGUCCGUGUGAUGUUGUUGUGGUGCUGAUCAGUGAUCAGUGAACAGUUGUUGUUUUCAUUCCAGUUCUGAACUUCUUCGGUUUUUCUUUCAGCCAGUUCUGAACUUCAGAUAUGGCAGUUGUUGUUGAUUGUCCAGUUAGUACAAUCUGUGAUGUUCCAUUGUAUACUUGCAAGG